AUGGAGGACGCGCAGGGCGAUGAAAGGGAAUCGCAAUCGAAAUCUCGCCAGCGGUUACCAUCGCUGGCGGAAAGAUUAGGGGACGAUCGUGACGUCAGCAGGUGGUUGGCGGAAGUGGAGGAGGCGGAUACUUUGGCGGAGCUGCUGCUGGGGAAGCUGGCAGCGUUGCGCGGGGAGGCGGGCGGAGCGGCGGCACUUGCCGCGGCGGAGGCAGCAGCGGCGGAAGCUGCUUCCGCCGCUGCGGCAAAGGCGGAGGCGGAAGCGGCGGCGGCGGCAGAAGCAGCAGCCGCCGCCGCGGAAGAGAAGAAGGCAGGCGGGGGAUGGUUCAGCGGGUUGGGGAGUCUGUUGGGGGGUGAGAAGGAGAAGAAGGCGGAAACGGCGAGGGGAAAUGCGGAGAGAGCGCAAGGUCAGCGGAGAUCGGCGGAGGCGCAAGGGCAAGGGGGAGCGACAGGUGCUGGCAGAGCGCAGGGCGCGGCGUUGGGCCAACGACCGGGGGUGGGAGGCGCAGGCGCAGGGGCGGGGAAUGCGGGGAAGACGGAGAGGUUUACGCGGCGUGACGUGGCAUGGCUGAUGGAGGGGAGCCUGGCGGCGGGCAACGUGGCACUCAGCUAUUCGCUGCUGAAUGCGUGCAAGACGUCCGCUUUGGCGCUCAAUGCGGGCGCGCCUGGGCAAGCGCGUGCGCGCGUGUGGCCCGCGGUGGGCGUGCGCCUAUACGCGGCGAUGGUGAGGGGGCUGGCGGCGCUGCUGCGAGUGGCGGACGCCGUGGCGCUGGUGGGGGAGGUGCAGCGGCGAGGCGUGCCCGAGGGGGACCGAGAGGUGUCCUUUGGAGUGACAGUGGACUGCCCCACGUGCCGCAAAGCCUUUUCUGUGGUGCAGCCGCAGCAAGGCCGGCAGGUGGUGGGGUGUGCGGGGUGCAAGUACGAGUACGAGCUGGUGUCAGGGGACCUCAUCUCCUGCGACUCUGAAUCCCUCAUAGGCUGGGCUCAGUGGCUGAGUGGAUGCACUGUGCUUGGCGGGUCUCCUCUGCCUGUGCUGGUUAGAGUCAACGUGAGGGUUAUUGCUUGUGGGGAGUCAAGCGGUGCACAGUGUGGUGCUCAAGACUCGUUCGUUUCCCUCUGCCUCCCAUCCCUCCACCCCAUCACCAGCGACUCUGCCCCCAUCUUGGACAAAGUCCUUCGCCUCGUGCGCAUCAAACGGGGAGACCCACCAGCAGCGGUGCACAGUGUGGUGCUCAAGGCCCCUCUCUUCUUCCCCUGCCUCCCGUCGCUCCACCUCUCCAUGCACUCCCAACCCCCCCCACCAGCGACUCAGCCCCCAUCUUGGACAAAUGACUCUGCCCCCAUACUAGACAAGGUGCUCCGCUUUGUGCGCAUUAAACGGGGUGACCCACCAGUUGCAGUGCACAGCGUGGUGCUGAAAGCCCCAGAUGGCACAUCGCAGAUCAACACCUUCGCCACCGUCACCCCCUCCGUGCCCGCUCAAUCCGGGGAGCGAAUCACCAUCGCCUGCGCCGCGCCCUCCUUCUCCUCCUCUCUCGCCUCCUCCCUCUCCUCCUCCCUCCCCUCCUCCUCGCCCGCUUCUCGAAAAUCCUCUGCUUCUAAGCGGAAAAUAGCGGGGGUAUUUCCGGCGCCGGCGAAUAGAACCCCGGGGUGGAACCCGAGUGAGCCCAUGGCGCUGACCAAUCAUGUGACGCGGCAGACGCUGGCGUUACUGCGCGCACCGCCCAAGACCACUAGAGACAGCGGCAGCCUGUCGCUGCCGCCCUGGGUGCUUCCUCUGGGCGGCGCACUGGUGGCGGCGAACGUGGUGGGGGCGGCAGCAGUGAGCAUGGGGAUAAUGGAGCCAAACGCGAUCACAGAUGGGACGAUGGGGAGUGUGGUGGGGUGGGUGGCUGCUGGUGGUGCAGCAACAGGGGGAGCGUACAACUUUCUGCUCCUGCCAAAGCUAAGAGAGUUGCCUGGCAGUGUGGUGGUGGAUGGCAUGGCAGUGCAGCAGCAGCUUCCGCUGCUGUUAGUGUACUCAUUGUCGCGAGCUGAGUCUGUAUUCACGGCGGGCUUAUUAGACCCCGUGUCUCCCCUGCAUCUGUUCACCUCCCUGCACCUAGUGCUCACGUUCUGCCUUCUCUCCUCAGUUGCCUGGCAAUGUGGCAGUGUGGUGGAUGGCAUGGCAGUGCGGCAGCAGCUGUUGGAGCAGCAUGCUGCGUUGAGGCAGAGGCUAGAGGCGCUCUCUGCUGCGGCAGCUGAGGAGGUGAGUGAGCAGAGGAGGUGA